AUGGAGAAUUACAUGUUGUGGACUCGAGCAAUGAAAAAUGCACUCAUAGAGAGGAACAAAUUGGGAUUCGUAGAUGGAUCAAUCACUAGAUCGACAUAUGGAUCUGCGUUAGGACAUCUCUGGGAUCGCUGUAAUGCAAUUGUGGUUUCGUGGUUGACCAGCAAUGUUAGUCGAGAUUUACUGAGUGGGAUUCUUUUUAGAUCAGAUGCACAUCUGAUUUGGAAGGAGCUCGAAGAGAGGGGACACAUCCAGUCUGUUUACUAUUGCAAACUUAAGGAUCUAUGGGAUGAGUACGACUCGAUGAUGCCUCCUCCUGAGGGUAAUUGUGAGAAGUCAAAGGAAUACCUUGCUCAGCUUCAAUACCAGAGGCUACUUCGGUUUAUGAUGGGACUAAAUGACAAUUACAAUCAAGCUCGAUGUCAGAUCCUCUUAAAAUCAAAAUUGUUAAGUGUUAACCAAGCAUAUGCUCUAAUUGUGCAGGAUGAAAGUCAAAAGUUAGCUGCUAUCAGUUCAUCUAAUUUACAUGAAGGAGGAUCAGCAGUUUUCUUCACUUCGAAGGGCUCAGGAUCUAAGAAGAAGAACUGGAAUUCAGUGUGUGAUUUUUGUCAUGUCAAAGGGCAUGUGAGGGAGGAUUGCUUCAAGCUGAUGAAGUGUGAUCACUGUGGGAAAACAGGACAUUUAAUCGGAAAAUGUUACCAAUUGAUAGGGUACCCAUCUGAUUACAAGGUUAAAGGACGGAAUGUUCAAGCUAAUCAUGUUAAUAUUCAGCAGGAAGGGCUAGUGAAUAUAUCUGAAGAUGAUCAGUACAAGGAAUUCAAGGAAUAUACUCUUUGGAAGCAAAUGAGGGAUAAAUGUUCUUCUAAAGGUCCUAUUUCUGGAGCUAGUGCUAACAUGACAGUCAGUAGUGCAGAAAAGGUACAAUUACCUACUGGAGAAUUUGCUCAUAUUAGUCACAUUGGAAACUAUCCAUUAUCAGGAGGUGAUUCACUAAAAGUUGUCUUGUGUGUGCCAUCUUUUAAAUUCAACCUCAUGUCCGUUUCAAAGGAUCUUUGCACUGGGAAAGUGAAGGUGACUGGUAGGGAGCAAGAUGGAUUAUACAUUUUGAACACAAGAAACAAUGAACAAUUUCUUACAGCGGGAAAGUCUAUGUUUGUGUCUAGAUCUCUUCCUGAUCUAUGGCAUAGGAGACUGGGACAUGUUCCCAUGGCAGUUUUAAGAAAAAUUCCUAACAGGUCACCUUUUGAGGUAUUAUAUGGUCAUGAUCCUUCCUUAGCUCAUAUGCGAGUGAUUGGAUGUCUUUGUUAUGCAUCUACACUACCUAAACAAGACAAAUUUGCACCCAGAGCUAUCAAAUCAGUCUUGUUAGGUUAUGGUGUUCAUCAGAAAGGCUACAAGUUGUAUAAUCUGAGCAGUGCACAAGUCUUGCCUCUUCCUAAUCAGCAUAUUGAAACAGAAGUUGUUGAAAAUGUGGCUCUUACUGAUCAACAUAUUGAAACAGAAGCUGUUGACAAUGUGUCUUUAUCACAAGACAAUCAUGAACCUGUUCCUUCCACUGAUACUGUUGUUUCUAUUACUGAAGAUGUUUCUUUUACUACCUCUCCUACAGCACAAACAAGGAAGUCCACCAGACAUUCUAAACCUCCUACUUGGAUGCAAGAUUAUGUGUGUAAGCCAACAACUAAUAAUUGUACUUAUCUUCUUUCAGAUGUGCUAAGCUACUUAGGUUUGAGUUCUAAAUAUCAGGCUUAUAUUGCUAAGAUGUCUACUGUUUGUGAACCUACAUCUUUCAAAGAGGCUGUUAAGGAUCCUAGAUGGAUAGAGGCAAUGCAGUCUGAAAUAAAGGCAUUGGAAGAGAAAUCUACUUGGUCUAUUGUUGACCUCCCACCAGGCAAGAAGGCUAUUGGUUGUAAAUGGGUCUACAAAAUCAAAUAUAAAGCUACUGGAGAGAUCGAAAGAUUUAAAGCUAGAUUGGUUGCAAAAGGUUACAAUCAGAAGGAAGGACUUGAUUAUCAAGAAACUUUCUCACCGGUUGUAAAAAUGGUGGCAGUGAGAACAGUGAUAGCUAUUGCAGCUAUGCAAAAAUGGGAUAUUCAUCAAAUGGAUGUCUAUAACGCAUUCUUAUAG